GUUGACCAUGGAUGGUCUUUUAAUUUUUGACGCUUCAAGUGAUUUAGUAUAUAGAAAACUCAAUGAUGAGCUUAAGAAAAAAUUUCAGGAACUAAGCCCAGAUCCAAAUGAUAGUGAUACAAAUGAAAUAGAUGAUAAUGCAAUACUACAAAUUUUCAGUCCAAUAAUUAAUUCACAAAAAAUUAUGUUCUGCCAAUUCGAUAAUACAUAUUCUUCAUUUAAGUGUGAAUAUGGUAAUUUUGUAUUUGGUGAAUAUCUAGGAUUCAUGUUCAUAAAAAUUGGACAACAAACACUUGAAUAUAUGAAUAGAUGUGUUUUGGUUUCGAUAUCAUUUGCUAAACGUUUAUGUGGAACAAAUUUAAUAAGUUUAAAGCAAGAAGAAAAUAAAAGAGAUUUGUUUACAGAUCUUAUAGAUAUGUGGGAGAAACUAUAUCAAGAGGAACAAAGUUUUUUGCUUGAUGGAAUCGAUCGUCUCAUCAUUAAUGCAGAUGUAACAAAUGUUAUUAAUCAAACACUUCAAAAUGUUAUUGAGAAAUUACAGCAAGAUCCUCAUUCACAAAGAUGUCAUGCUUUUUUGUUUGUUGACAAAAAAUUAGCUGGUAUUCAUUCAAGUCGUUCAGCUCAGAAAACCAAUACAUCUGAUAUUAUAUUUUUAUUUAUAAUAAAUAAAGUUUUACAAUCUAAAUUGGAAUCAAAAGCUAUCAACAUUCAAUCACAUUUAUUUUUUUUAAAUGGAAAAUAUAAUAGUAAUCAGUCCGGUGGUUCUGGAGGAUGUAUACCACAUAUCGUUCAUACAUCUCUACUCGAUAAAAUGUCAUUAACAUUAAUUAUUGAAUAUGGUAAUUUAAAUGUUUCUAAUAACAUAUAUGAAACAUUUUUUGCUUUACAAAAAAUACAAACUCUACAAAUGCAAGGAGAUUUAGAACAUUUAAAAACAGCAUUUGAUAAUUUGGAAAGCUGUUUUAAACAAUGUAUUGAUGCAAUUAGAAAAGCAAAAUUUAAUAGUGUCGAAAUUGAUAAUGCUUUAAAAAAAUUUUCGUCUAGAUGGGACGUAUUACGUAAAAAAUAUCAAGAAUAUUUCAAAAAUUUUGAUAAAUCUGUUGUUUUGCAAAUUGAAUCAAAUAUGCCAAUAUUUUUAGAAGAACUGAAAGAACUUUUUAAAACAACUUGUUCAGAUUGUGCAAUAUUAGAUCAUGGAUUUGAAAGAGUUUUAGAAAUUUCAACAAUGGUCGAAGAAAAACUUUUAGAAUUUUCAGAAUUUUUAAGUGUUAAAGCUCAAAGGAAUUUAUCAAUUGGUUCAUAUUUAGAAGAUUUUCCAGGUUUAGUUCAUUUUAUUUUUGUCGAUCGUACAAAUGGAAGUAUUUUUGCACCAGAUUUUGUAACAGAAACUUAUAUAGCAAAAGAAAAAAUUUGGAGUAUGGUCGAAUUAUGUAGAUAUUAUUUAGUUAAAGGACAUACAUCAAUUAUGUGGAAAGAUACAUCAUAUAAUUAUUCAUAUUUUUUAUGGUUUGAAGAUCAAAAUGGUAUAACAAUAAAACCAAAAGAUUUAGAAAAUAGUUUUAAUAAUGUUAAUUCAUUGAAACCUCGAUACGAACCUGGAAUUUUAGGUGGGAAUUUUUUUCAACGUUUAUCUGAAGUUUGUUUUCCAAAAAUGACAAUGUCGAAAAUUCGUUGUUAUGAAUUAUUUUGUAUUCAUUUGGGUCUAGUGACAGCAACAUGCGCUUUAGAUCAUUCAAGAAGAUUAAUUGCAACUAUAAGUGAUGUAACAGGACCCUCUGUAUUUGAUAUCUAAAAGAAUUUAUAUAUCAUAUUAUAUGUGUAUAAAUUUUAUUUUAAUGUUAUAUAUUAAUUACUAACAAUAAUUGUCUAUGUAAUAAGUAUUACAUGUAAUUUAAAAAAAAAAAAUAAACUCAUUCUAGUCAAAAUAUGAAAAUAUAAAAAUUUAGAACAAAUUUUUUUUUUUUUUACUAACAAUAUUAAAUUUAGUUAAAAGAAAAAUAGAUAAAAUUUAAGU